UCUUUGAUUCCAAAUAGCUGCAGCCAAGCGGGCUGGCUCGGAGAGGAGCCCCCGGCCGGGAGGGGAGGAGUAGGGCAGGGCAGGGGGGGUGGUAAACAGUACAGAGGGCCAGUCAGGGAAAGGAGAGAAGAAGAGAAACAGGAGACAAAAGAAGCGAAAAAAGGGGGUGAAGAGAAAAAAGAGGAAAAUAAAUUUCUAGGUUUGAGGGAAGAGUAAGUGUCUGUGCCUGAGGAAGGAAGACUGGAGGAAGCAUGGGGUCAGAGAAGAGUCCAACGGGGUCUAGUGGAGGGCAGAAGAAGGCCAAGCAGGAUCGAGGAGGCCCAGACGCUGAGAGAAGCCAUACAUGCUGCGGCUGCCGCUUCCCACUGCUUAUUGCCCUGCUUCAGCUGAUACUGGGCAUCGCUAUCACGGUCAUUGCCUUCCUCAUGACCACCAUCAGCCCCUCUCUGCUGGCCAGGGAGACACCCCAUUGGGCUGGAAUCACUUUGUGCAUUGUAUCUGUCCUGGGCUUUGUGCUCUAUUUCAUCACCUAUUUGCCUGAUGAGAGGACCUACACACAAUUCAUCAUAAAGCUUGUGUACUUCCUGCUGUGUUCAGUGGGUCUAAUCAUCUCUAUUAUAGUCAUCGCCUUCCAGGGCCACCACUACUCUUUGACCAAUGGCUUCAUAUGCAGGGAGAUAGGCCGAGACUGUAUCUGCACACUGGAGCCAGAAGACCCCAUUGCACGCACCUUCACAUACGCCGAGGUGUCGGACUGCACUGCUGUCACAAGCACUCUCAUGCUGUAUUACCUGCUGCAGAUGGUGCUCAAUCUGUCUCAGGCCAUCGUGUGCUUGCUAGGAGCUUUCAUCAUGUGGAAGCACCGCUACCAGGUGUUCUUCGUGGGCUUGCAGAUAUGCUCACCCUCCACUCAGCAAUGGCAGAAAGUUUAAAAGAAGGGCAGGGACAGGGGCUUGGCACUGGGAGAAAGGACAAGACGUUCUCCUGGGAACAAAACACGUGGAGCAUUUUGAGUGUGUUGAGGGAAAGUCCAGAAUUUCCCACCACAUGUCUAUUUGUGUGAGUGUAGAGAUACAUUUAGAAUGUUGGUAGUGUACUGUAGAGUGGUGGCAAAUUACAGUUUCUUGUCCUCUUUAAAGCUCAUCUAUUUUUCUUUAUUGAUGUCUGGACAUUUCCACUAAUAUAAAUGUAUACUUGCUUUUGCUGGUGUCAAGAAGGAUAUUCUUAUCUAACAGGUUGUAUGUGUGAUCCAACAGGACAGCUGUCAUUCUGUGAGAGCUACAUAUUCACUCUGUUUGCAUAGGAUUUGCAUAUCAGACUGAUGGCCUUAAUAGAUAGCAGGUUUAUGACAAAACCCCAGUGUUACGUUCUCAACAAAAAAGAAAUAAGUGACACGUUUUUACAUCUGAAUACAUCAUUUUUAAAUCCUGCUUGUCUUAAGGCUUUGGUGCUUAAAACGGGGAUUAAAAUGCAUAGCAACAAUUGUGCAAUCAUAGUAGAAAUCACUAUAGUAUAGUGUAAAUUUAUUAGCCUAAGUAAAUUGUCAUUUGAAUUAAAAGGGUUACUUGAAACACACUGAUGUGUGUGUGUUUUAGGAUGAUGUCUAUUUUGUAUUCCAAAAACAAAUCCAAGGAUAAUGUUAACAUUUUUAAUAAUUCGCACACAACAGAGACCAGGUGCAAAAAUCUUGAGACAUAUCUAUGUUAAAUAUUGUAAUAUUCAUACUGUAUCUUGGUCAAAUAUGUCCUGAUAUUACAAUGCAUAUUCUAAAGUAUACGACUAUUUUUUUAUCUGAACCAACUGCCCUUUUUAUUGUUUUAUAUGUUACAUUUUGACAAAUAUAAUACUGUUUUACUGA